AUGGCUAAUGAGUCGGACUUUGAAGUAGGUAUUGCUGUCAUGGCCAUAGCAAUUGAUAGAGACAAGAACAGCCACCAUGCCGUGAAAUGGGCUAUAGAAAAAGGUUUGAAGAGGAACAGUCAGGUCAUCCUCGUCCAUGUCCAGACCCAACAAAACAUACGGCCCCAGGGAGCCAUUGUCCCCAAAGAAGGUCGUGCACCAACAGAAUUGGAAUUGCAGCAAUUCUUUCUACCUUAUCGUGGAAUUUGUGCUCGAAAAGGGCACAAGGAUAUAUUUCAGGUUCGAGCAAAGGAGGUGGUCCUCCACGACCUUGAUGUUGCCAAUGCACUUGUUGGUUUUAUCAAUAACAACUUCAUCAGUACUCUUGUUGUGGGUGCUUCGAGCCGGAGUGCCCUAACAAGGGCAUUUAGAAAUGUAGAUGUGCCAACUAAUUUAGGGAGGUCUGCUCCAAACUUUUGUUCAGUGUAUGCAAUAUCAUCUAAAGGAAAAGUUCAGAAUGUCAAGUUGGCUAGUCGACCUCCUACGCCUAGUACAACUAGUUCUAGCCAGCAACAAUCUCAAGCAUCAGAUACCCCAUCCUCUGAGGAUUUUUAUCGAACAUAUAGCCGAAGGAGUUGGGGAAGCGAAGGCUCCGAGAAAAUGCCAUUUGAUAGAAGCAGCGAAAGGAUAUCCUUUGAUAGGAGUAGUGAGAGAAUAUCGUUUGGCAGCACGAGUGAUUUUAUGACGAUGACUCAUUCACCUGAGAGGGUCCCAACAGGCAACAAGAUUCCUUCGCCCCAACAAUCACUAGCCAAUCUUAUUAAUCUUCAGGUUCGCACCAAAUUAACAAGUCCGUCCUAUCAAGAUUCCUCAUCAGAAUCUUGUGGAUUUUCAGGGCCACCUAGUUUCCAAUCAUCUAAUAUCUCCUAUGAAAAUUUAGACCACUCCUACAUAUCAGAUGUUUCCAGGAGCUCGAUCUCGUUCCAACCCCUACACGAAGUAGAGGAGGAAAUGAGGAGAUUAAAACUUGAAUUGAAGCAAACCAUGGAAAUGUACAACUCAGCUUGCAAAGAAACAAUGACUUCUAACCAGAAGGCAAGUGAAAUUAAUCUAUGGAAGUCAGCGGAGGCACACAAUUUAGAAAAAUCCAAGCAAGCCCAAGAAGCUGCUUUAGCCAUAUUAGAGGUGGAGAAGCAGAAAACCAAGGCUGCCAUGGAAGUGGCACAGAUGGCGCAACGUCUGGCAGAAUUGGAAUCCCAGAAACGAAGAGGUGCUGAAAUGAAGGCAAAGCAUGAGGAAGAAGAGAAAAAGAAAGUUAUGGAAGAGUUAGCACGCUUUGACAUUCGGUAUAGAAAAUACACCAUAGAAGCAAUUGAAAUUGCGACAAGUUACUUCUCCAUUUCAGCAAAGAUUGGUGAAGGAGGAUAUGGGCCUGUCUAUAAAGCUUUGCUUGAUCACACAACUGUUGCCAUUAAGGUUUUGAGGCCGGAUAUUUCACAAGGGCAGAAACAAUUUCAACAAGAGGUUGAGGUACUAAGUCGCAUGAGACAUCCAAACAUGGUUCUCCUUGUUGGAGCUUGCCCUGAGUACGGAUGCCUUGUGUAUGAAUACAUGGAAAAUGGCAGCUUAGAAGACCGGCUAUUCCGUAGAAACAACACUCCCACAAUCUCAUGGAGAACCCGUUUCAAAAUAGCUUCUGAAACUGCUACUGCCCUUCAUUUUUUUCACCAAACAAAACCCAAGCCUCUGGUGCAUCGCGACCUCAAACCUGCCAACAUUCUCUUAGACCGAAACUAUGUGAGCAAGAUUAGUGAUGUUGGCUUAGCCAGGCUGGUUCCACCAUCCGUGGCUGAUGGGGUAACUCAAUAUCACAUGACAGCAGCAGCCGGGACAUUCUGUUACAUUGAUCCAGAGUAUCAACAAACAGGGAUGCUAGGCACAAAAUCUGACAUAUAUUCGCUUGGUGUAAUCUUAUUGCAAAUUCUUACAGCAAAACCUGCAAUUGGUCUAACAUACCACAUGGAGAGGGCAAUCCAGAAAGGAACAUUUUCAGAGAUGCUUGAUCCAACAGUGACUGAUUGGCCUAUUGAGGAGGCUUUGUCAUUUGCAAAACUAGCUUUACAGUGUUGUGAGCUGAGGAGGAAGGACCGGCCCGACCUUGGUUUGGUCAUAUUGCCCGAGCUGAAUCGACUAAGGGAUCUUGGGUAA